UUGUUGACUGCUAAGAAGCGAGUUGGAUACAGAAGAGAGGCAAAACAGUGUAAGUUGGGGUUCUGUUGAGCGAAAAUAGUGGGAGAAGUUUGAAAGUAUAAAUUAUUAUUAAUGUGGAGGAUAUAAAACUAACCAUGUGUUUUAGUUGAUGUGAUUUGAGCUGAAUCGUUUUUCUACCUUUGCUAGUAGUGCGGUUUAUUUUAGCCUCGCAAGCUCUGGAACUAUCUAGAAAGAACCCUGACUUUCUGUUACUACAGAUUCGUGCGACAGGUCAGGAGGCAGAUCAUCGAGUCGGAAGAACGAUACGUCAUUAUCUUAACACCAAUUACAUAUAAUAAUGUAGCUGUUCGACGAAUUAUUUCGCUAAUUUAAGCGGGAAUAAUAAAGUGUUGUAGAAAAAAAAAUGAGCUCAACAGCUGGCGAUGACAGAAAUCCUGGGAUCCUCCUGGAUAAUGAUAAAGACAUUGGAAGUCCUGCCUGCUCAGAGGAUUGCAGCAAACGGGAUCCCACUAUGUAUUUGGGAAAUGGAGAAGUGAAGAGUAGUGCUGUGGUCAAGUACUCUGCUGCCCCCCCCAGCACUUAUGCCCUCCCUGAGGAGAAGACGGACCUGAAGCUGCCACCUGCCAACUGGCUGAGGGAAAACCCCCAGCUUGGCAGCGCUGUUUUAGGGUCAAGCAGCAAAAGCAAGCCCUUUUCCAGUUUUGGAAUUGCCUAUGACUUCAUUGAUUGUAUUGGGAAUGGUGUUGAUGUGGUAUCAGACUCUGAGAACAUCAAGAAACUCUUGAAGAUUCCUUACAGCAAGUCCCACGUUAGCAUGGCUGUUCACCGGGUUGGAAGGACGUUGCUUGUAGACGAGCUGGACAUUCAGGAGCUUUUUAGAAGAUCCUCUCAGACAGGAGACUGGACAUGGCUUAAAGAUUUUUACCAGCGUCUAAAUGAUCAGAAAUGGCAGCGGAAGAAAAAGAGUAAAGAGCACUGGUAUCAGAAAGCCAUCCUGUCAAAGUUUCUCUACUACAGCAUAAAUGGUGAUGGGGCUGCAGAGCCUGUGUUAGACAACAUGAAUGAGGGGGAUGAUGACAAAAAUGCUGAAGAGUGCAGCUCCUCGUGGCCUGCAACCUUUACCAGCCCAUCAGAUGCUCAAGAAUCAGAAAUUCCUGAACAGGAAGGUGUUUCUGCGGACAGUAAAUUUGCUCUGGGCCAGGUGACAUCAGUAUUAAAAGAGCAAAACCUCCCUGCUCUCUUCAAUGAAGGCGAGAACAGCCAGGGUUUAAGGAAUGACUUUGUGCGAAACAUCAUGUGGACCUUUGAGGACAUCCACAUGCUGGUUGGAUCCAACAUGCCCAUAUUUGGAGGUGGUCGAUACCCCGCUGUCAGUCUGAAGCUAAGGGACAGCAAUAAACCAAUCAACAUUUUGACAGGUAUUGACUACUGGCUGGACAACCUGAUGUGCAAUGUCCCAGAACUGGUUAUGUGUUUUCAUGUCAACGGCAUUGUUCAGAAAUACGAAAUGAUUAAAACAGAGGACAUUCCGCAUCUGGAAAAUUCCACUUUUUCCACAAGAGUUGUGAAAGACAUCGCCCAGAAUAUUCUCUCCUUCCUGAAGUCCAACUGCACCAAAGAGGGGCACACUUACUGGCUUUUCAAAGCGAGUGGAAGUGACAUCGUGAAGCUUUAUGAUCUGACCACUCUGUGUGAGGAAGCCGAGGAGGAGAAGUACCAGAAUCCCUUCACUCUUCCUGUAGCCGUGCUGCUCUACAAGGUGGCCAGCAACCUGAUGCUGAAGACGAGGCAAAACAGAAAGCACUAUGGCCCAGUCAGAACUCUGCUUCUAAACUGCAUCAAACUUCUUGAUCAGGAGAGACAUCCUCAGAUCAUCGCGUCAGCUUACUACAUGCUGUCAGAGCUGUUCCAGCUCAACGAGCCUUCUGAAGACGAUGGAGGGGAGUCUUUGAGGGCUGGUGGCUCGGAGGACAGUUACAGCGAUGAAGACAGGGUGGAGGAGGAGGAGGAAGAGGAUCUCACAGAGGACAGUGAUGAGAACAGCUCCUUCAGUAACGGCUCCAAGCUUCAGGAUGAUAGCAAAGCGGUGGCCGUGAUCCGCUCUGUUGGGGAACUGUCAGUCCCUGAGAAAUACAAAUCCACUCACCAGAUCAGACCAAGCGGUUCUUUCCCCGUCUCUCAAGACAAGGAGGAGCGGUGCAGACACAUCCUGAGCUACGUGCUGCUGGGGUUGAAGGCGGUGGACGGCAGCAUCAAAAAAGAAAGCGAUCUCCCUGCUGCAGAUCCAAACACACCCAUUCCCCUCAAAUACGAGGACGGAGCCUCUGCUGCAGAGAAAGGGAUUUCCCUUCUGCUUGAACGAGCAGCGGGGCCUGUGCAGGCAGACCAGAAGCACCCGACGCGCUCAGGGAUGAUCCCCGGCUCCUGGCAGUACCACAUGAAGAUGCAGCUGUUCCUCAAAGCUUCCAAGGCCUACUAUGUCCUGUCCGACGCGGCCACUAACCUGCUGAAGUACGGCAGAGCCCUGCGCUACAUCAAGCUAUCCAUGCAGUGCUAUGAUGCUUACUGCUCAGUGAAUGGAACCCUAAGCCCACAGGUUCUGCAGUUCCACAGUCAGUGCCUGUCUCUGUGCGGCGACAUCCAGCUGAUGCUGGCCCAGAACGCCAACAACCGAGCGGCUUACCUGGAGGAGUACAGCUAUCAGACUAAAGACGAUCAGGAAAUCCUGCACAGCCUGCACAGAGAGAGCAGCUGCCAGGGUCAGUCACUACACAGUGAUGUGUUGACAUGGAGGCCCUUUUCCACUGCUGCCUUUAACAUGGUGACUGACCUGGCCAUGGACCCGGAGUACCAGCUGUUUGUGAGCAGCAAAUGCUACGAGGCAGCGCACGAGCUGCUCAUCUCUGAGGCCCUGAGAGAUGAUAACUCUGAUCAGCUGCCCCAGCUCCUCAAAAGGCUGGGAAACAUCCGCAACGAGAUGGGAGUCUUCUACAUGAAUCAAGCUGCAGCCUUGCAAACGGACAAAGAGGUGAAAAAGCCGGUGUCAACAACUGAGCAGGAGUUGUGGAAGAAGAGUUUUUCCUUCUUCGAGAAAGGAAUCGGUGACUUUGAGGCCAUCAGGGACAAAACCAACACGGCGCUGUUGCUGUGCAACACGGGCCGCUUGAUGAGAAUCUGUGCUCAGGCUCACUGCACCACUUUGGCCGACGAGAGCAGAGGAGAGUUCUCUCCAGAAGAGGCGCUUUACUACAACAAGGCUAUUGACUAUUACCUGAGUGCCAUGAGGUCACUGGGAAGCAGGGAGACUCACCCUGCAGUCUGGGACAGUGUGAACUGGGAGCUUUCCACCACAUAUUUCACUCUGGCUACACUUCUGCAAGACUUUGCCCCGUUAUCCAGAAAGGCCCAGGAGCAGAUUGAGCGGGAAGUGACAGAGGCCAUGAUAAAGUCCCUGAAAUACUGUGACCUGCAGACUGAAUCUGCCCGCCAGCCGCUCUACCAGUACAGAGCUGCAACCAUCCAUCACCGCCUGGCCUCUAUGUACCACAGCUGCUUUCGCAACCAGGUGGGAGACGAACACUUAAGGAAACAACACCGCAGCCUGGCGGAGCUUCACUACAGCAAAGCCGUCUCUUUGUUCCUCAGCCUGAAAGAAGCUCCCUGUGAGCUGCUCCGCACUUUACUGGAGAGGGUGGCUUUUGCUGAGUUUACCAUGGCAGGUCAGAGCAGCAGCUUGACUAAGCUGAAGAGCUUGACUGGAGCGAUGGAGAUCAUGACCGAAGCUCACCACGCUUUCAGGCUGAUCCAGAAGGAGCUGCUGGAAAAGCAGGAGGAAUCAAGUCAACCAGCUGCUUCUGAAUCCGCCCUCUGUUCUGAUAUGGCCGCCACGCCGGGACUAGACCUUCCAGAAGUGACCAAGUUAAUUGGCGUGUUUGAACCAAGUUUCUGUUUCCUGCUGCUGCAGAUCAUCAAACUGAUGGCGACAGGAAAGCGGAAGCCAAGCGGCAAGGAUGAGGAGACGUUAAAAACCUACAAGAGUGUUUACUCAAAGCUGCUGCGCACAGACAAGAGCGCACCCCUCCUGGACCGCAUCCAGCUCUACAUUCAACUCCUGCAGCAGCUGACCCCACAAACAGGAAGUGACAGCACAGAGAGACGCGAUCAAUAAAAAAGCAAAUGCUCGGCGUGCAAAACAUUCAGCAACAGUAACUAAUGGGGACAAACUCAGGUGACGACGUUUUUAAAGCUAAUUUCACCUCCCUACGCCUUUGAACCAGGUCAAAUGUUAGACAACAGGGUUUGAAAAGAUCUUUAUUUUUCUGCAGAGUUCAAAUUGAAAAAAGUUUGUUUUUGACAUCUGUUUUUCUCAAAAACUAUGGGUUGAAAAGUUGAUCAUUUAAAAGUUAAGUAUCUAAUGGUUGCAGAAAUGAAGGAAACUGUUUUUUGUUGUGCAAUAAUUAAGCAACACUCAAUGCAAACGUGUGUGUUUAUGAUACUGUAUGUGAAAAUGUUGGUUUGCUGUGAAUUUUUCAUUGUUCAUUUUAUAUGGAAUAUCAUUUCUUUGUUCUUUUUUUUUUUGUUCUCUACUUAAAACUUGAACAAUAAAGAGAAAUCUAACAAACCUUUAUGAAGUAAUAAAAAAAAAAACUAUAGA